AUGCUCUCUCCUUCCGACGAGUCUGACGAGCAUCAUGUGAUCAACAUCUCACAUCGUGGAAAGAAGCAGGGGAAGAGUCGACUUGCGAAUGCGCAAUCACGGACGUCCCUGAACCACAAGUUUGAUGAACCGAUACACAGUGAAUCGCUACGAAGAAGGGACGAGAAUCGUAGCAGCCAGACGCUCGACGAAAAUUACGGAGGUCAAGAAGGAACCCAUUUCGAGGCCCGAUUUAACGCGAGCGGUUUGGAUCCUUCCAUAGCUGGCGCAGCGUCCGUCCUUGAUGCAAAUGGGACAUCGUCGGACUGUACCGAUGCCGAUGAGGACGAGAUUUCUGACGACGAUGAUUUGCACGACGUGAAGGGUAAUCCUUUAGACAACUCCCCCUACGCCCAAGUCAGGGCUUCCGUCGCUGCUACGGACGACAUCUCGCUGUCGAUUGAUACCCCACGCAUGUGGUUCCUGUCGAUAUUGUUUGCUAUUGCCGGUUCUUCAACCAACCUAUUUUUUUCCCUACGAUACCCUAGCGUUAGCCUUACUCCUAUUAUUGCUCUUUUACUUGUCCAUCCUCUUGGUCUCUUCUGGGACCGACUCCUCAAACGACCAGACGACCCCGAACAACUCUUCAUAGACGGAUACCUACAAAAGUCCGUUCACACCUCACAAACAUCCCAUCAAAAAGCUUCAUGGGCACGCCGACUCCGGCUUUGGCUUGCCCAAGGAUCUUGGAACGCAAAGGAGCAUUGCUGCGUUUAUGUCAGCAGCAACGUAUCUUUUGGAUUUGCCUUUGCGACUGAUGUCAUCGUUGAACAAGUCAAGUUCUAUCAUCAGGAUCUUGGUAUACUCUACCAGGUAUUGCUUAUCCUCUCUACACAAAUCUUAGGAUACUCACUAGCUGGUCUCACACGACGCUACCUUGUCCGGCCCAGCGGCAUGAUAUGGCCAAGCACGUUGGUAUCCACGGCCAUGUUUACCGCACUGCAUAAGGAAGAAAACAAGCCCGCUGAUGGCUGGACUAUCGCACCCCGCAAAUUCUUCGUGCGCGUCUUCUCAGGCUCAGUCGCGUUCUACUUCCUACCCGGUCUUCUCUUCCCGGCAUUGAGUUACUUCAGCGUUGUUACCUGGUUUGCGCCUAAGAAUGUUGUAGUCGCCAAUCUCUUUGGAAUUGCAUCGGGUCUUGGAUUGUUUCCGGUGACUUUCGACUGGGCGCAAAUCGCGUACAUUGGAUCUCCGCUUGUCACGCCCUUUUGGGCUGCCCUUAACAUCCUGGGCGGUCUCGUGGUUGUUAUGUGGAUUAUGGCGCCACUCAUGUAUUAUGCCAACGUCAUGUACUCCUCAUACAUGCCAAUUCUGUCGGCUGCCGUAUGGGACAACAGGGGAAAGCCGUACGAUGUCAGCAAGAUAUUGACAAAGGACUUUGUCUUCGAUGAGGCGGCGUAUAAUGAGUAUAGUCGGGUGUUUCUUCCGAUCACCUACGUACUCAGUUAUGCGCUACAAUUUGCGGCUUUGACGGCGCUGCUUUCACACACAGGAUUGUGGCACGGAAAGGAUAUUUGGAGGCAAUGGCGAAGCUCUUGGGCCGAGAUUCGCAAGACAUCGUCACCCGACUACGAGCCUUUGGCAACCAAUCUCAAUGGCAACAGACGCGCCGCAUCGCCCACCCUGCACCGGAUCCGAAGCAGUACAACGUCAGAGCCGGAGAUGGAAGAUCUACUGACCGCAGAAGAUGUGCACAACCGACUCAUGCGCAAAUACGAGGAUGUGCCGAUAGCAUGGUACGUAUUGACAGGCGUUAGCAUGGCCGCCGUCGGCAUGUUCGUAGUCGAGUACUACCCAGUUCAUCUACCCUGGUACGGUCUCUUGCUAGCACUCGGAAUCGGCGCGGUGCUGUUCAUCCCGAUCGGUAUCGUAAUGGCCAUCACGAACCAGCAGAGCAGCAUCUACCUCAUCUGCCAACUCAUCUGCGGCGUCCUCUUCCCCGGCCGCCCCGUCGCAAACAUGGUCUUCACAACCUUCGGAUACAUUUCAUCCACCCAAGGUCUCAAAUUCGCCUCCGACCUCAAGCUGGGCCACUACAUGAAAAUCCCACCCAAGAUCCUCUUCAAGCUCCAGCUCUCCGUCACCGUCAUCUCCAGCCUCACCCAAAUCGGCGUACUAAACUGGAUGCUCAACUUCAUCCCCGGCAUCUGCACGCCCCAAGCCAUCAACGGCUUCAACUGCCCCAUCGCCCGCGUCCACUUCAACGGCAGCAUCCUCUGGGGCGUCGUCGGCCCCGCGCGCUUCUUCGGCCCCGGCGCGCUCUACCGCCCGCUCAUCUGGGCCUUCCUGCUCGGCGCCAUCGCCCCCGUCAUCCUCUGGUACUUUGCGCGCAACAACCGCAAAUCCAUCCUGCGCAAAGUCAACCUCGCCGUCGUCUUCGGCAGCCUGAGCUGGAUCCCGCCCGCCACGGGCCUCAACUUCUCCGUCUGGGCUAUCGUGUGCUACGUCUUCAACUACGAGAUCAAAAAUCGUAGAAAAGACUGGUGGCGCAAGUAUAAUAUGAUGCUGAGCGCGGCGCUGGAUUCGGGGCUCGCGUUUGGCGUCGUGGUUAUCUUCUUUGGUAUUGUGUUUCCGGGCUGGAUGAGCGGGUUUAAGUGGUGGGGUACGGAGGUGUAUAAACAGGGAUGUGACUGGCAGGCGUGCUCGUAUAAGACUGUCCCCAACGGAGAGACUUUCGGCCCGAGUGAAUGGUAG